UUGCAUGUCACGGACGUGACUACAUCCGAGUGAUCUCCCUUUUGGACGCCGGUUUCCAAAUCAAGAAGGUCCAGAACUGUAAGAUGACAGACAUAUCCCAGUAUGUGAUGCCUAAUGACACAGGCCUGUGUCUGUUGGACUGUACCAAAGCCUUUGAUAACCUGACAGACAAGGAAAAGUUGUAUGCCCACUACAUAUCUCAGGCAUCCUGGUAUGGGGGACUCAUCGUCUUAGUGCAGACAUCCCCUGAGUCGCCUGGAAUUUUCCUGUUGCUACAAAAGGUGUUUCGGGGUCAGACAGUCGAGGAGCUGAAGAAAGCGGUGACAAAAGAUGGAUCGCUGACAGAUCACCAGUUCCAGGCGGUGAUGGUCUAUGCGUCAGCAUUCUAUGCCAACAUGGGAAACUACAAAUCUUUUGGGGACAGCAAGAUCAUUCCAAACUUACCAAAGGAAAAAUUUGAAGCUCUGGUGAUGAAAAGUGCUGCUUGCCAAAAAGAUGCCAGUGGGAUGAAGGCCUUAUGGGACUCAGUGAGCGAGAGGAUGUUUGGUUUGUCAGAGAGAGAGAAAGAGCUGGGACUUGGAGAGAAGGGAACAACAUCCUAUUUUUCUGCCAACUGUGAUUUAGACGAUGCAAAGAUUGCUCAAGAAUUCCUGACAGCCAAGGAUCUGAGUCCAUACAACACUAGACUAUUCAAAACAACAGAGAAAGGAAAAACCUGUUACGAAGUAAAACUAGCAUCCGCUGCAACAGGUGAUGGAGUGAUUCCAGGGUGUCAGGAGGGAAUACUCGGAUGUCACGAGUUUACACCAACUCUCACCUCAAAAGCCUGCACAUUCCGUGUCACCAGGGGAGACUACUCUCAACUCAUGUCCUUAGUAGUAGACAAUCUCAAAAAGGCGCAGGAAUAUGCUGCCAAUGACCUUGAGAGGAAUAUGCUGAAUGACUAUGUGGAGAGUUUUACCUCUGGGUCUAUCCCCUCACAUAAGAGUGGGUCCAGACACUGGAUACAAAACACAGGCCCUAUUGUAGAAACAUAUAUUGGCUUCAUUGAGUCAUACAGAGACCCAUUUGGAAUGAGGGGAGAGUUUGAGGGUUUUGUGGCAGUGGUUAACAAAGAGAUGAGCACUAAGUUCACCCAGCUCGUCGCCAGUGCUGAAGAGUUUCUACCUCUGUUGCCAUGGCCGGCAGCAUUUGAGAAGGACAAGUUCCUACGACCUGACUUUACCUCACUUGAUGUGCUGACAUUUGGAGGGUCUGGUAUACCGGCAGGGAUCAAUAUUCCUAAUUAUGAUGACAUCCGCCAGUCGGAGGGAUUUAAGAACGUGUCGCUGGGAAAUGUCAUCGUAUCAGCCUACAAGGACACCAAGGACAAAGUCAACUUUCUGGCAGAGGAUGACAAGGAAUUAUUUGUUAAUCUAAAGACAACGACAUUUGAAGUCCAAGUUGGUCUACAUGAACUGCUGGGCCAUGGCAGUGGAAAGAUGUUUGUCAAGGACAAAGAAGGAAACCUCAACUUUGAUGUUGCCUCUGUGACUUACCCAGAAACAGACAAAAAGAUAGAGAAAUGGUAUGAACACAACGAGACCUGGGAUAGCAAGUUCACCUCCUUUGCAUCAAGUUACGAGGAAUGUCGUGCUGAAUGUGUAGGGAUCUACCUCUGUCUCUCUGCCAAGGUCCUUAGAAUAUUUGGCCAUACUGAUGAUGCUGCAGAUGACAUUAUCUACAUCAACUGGCUGAACAUGGCUCGAGCGGGACUGUUGGGCCUCGAGUUCUACUCUCCAGAAACAGGUGCCUGGAGACAGGCUCACAUGCAGGCCCGCUUUGUGAUCCUGAGGGUGUUGCUGGAAGCUGGUAAGGGCCUGGUCAAGAUCGACUACUUCACUAGUGACGAUGGCAGUGAGGACAUGGUGCUGAAGCUAGAUCGCAGUAAGAUCCCCUCCGUAGGCAAGCCAGCUAUUGGUGACUUCCUCAGGAAACUACAGGUUUACAAGUCGACGGGUGAUGUGGAGGCAGGAAAGGCCCUGUACGAAAAAUACUCCGAAGUACAUGACCGAGAGGAGCCCCACUUCCUAACUCGUCGCGCCACAGUCCUUGCCAGGAAACAACCACGAAAAAUGUUUGUCCAGCAUAACACUGUAGUCAAUGGCAGUACAGUAGAUCUGAAGAAUUAUGAAUCCACUACUGCUGGCCUCAUCCAAUCGUUUGCUGAACGUUUCCCGUCCACCGACAUUGACGACAUUGUACAGGGCUUGUGGGAACAAGAGAAACCACACUUCUGAGGGAGGAAUACAAAUCCAUACUUAUGUAGUGCUAAGGAGACCACAGCUCUCCUGUAUAGACAGACCCAGGGAAUCUUACUGAUGUGCCACGUAUAAAGGACUAUUCUUCAAAUGAUGAUGUGGUUUUGUUUUUGCAAACAUUCUUUAAUACAUUUGAAAUAACUUUCCAAGUGUCUGUAUUAUUUCUGGACGUUCAUACUUUUGCUUCUGUAAAGAGGGAUACAGAAAUCUGAUUUUCGUCGUUUGUCAAACUGACAUAAGCAGAUUAAUUUUGACCAGAGAAUUUAAUGUUUCAUAUUUAUUACAAAUGAGCUUGUCCCUCGGUUUGUGUUUUUUUAUGAAUUAUUUUUUCGUAUAUAUAUUUUAUUUUCUUAAUACAUUUGUACUUUAUAUUUCUAUUGAGAGAGUUUUUUAUCCACAGUGACAUUUUCUUACUGACUGAUUGAGAAUCACUGAAUCUUUUGUUCAAAUAUGAAUUCCAGCAAUAUUUGUUACAAGUCAUAAUAAUCUGAUGCAUGAAAGCUACAUUUUUUUGUUAUUGUAAAAAAAUCUUUUAUAAAUUAGGAAGAUAGAAUUUGAGAUAAUUCUAAUUAUUUAAUUCCACUUUGCGUGAAUGAAUGUAUGAAUGAAUUUCACCAAAUAUGAGUUCUAGUGUCCAGUAUGUUGACAAUUGAGAUAUGAUUUUCUUCAUAAAGCUGCAUCACUUUGCUAUUGAAAACAGUCCUAUCACUCCAAGGAGAAUGUGACAAUCAUUAUAUACGGUACCAGCUAUUCACUUUCCUUUUGUGUGAAUGAACGGAUGUUAUCACAAUAUAGCUACUUGUUACAGUAGUAUAAUUACCUGUCUGUAACCAUGAGCUAAAAUGGUCUUAUCAGAGAGGUGGUCUCUAUAGACAGGUGGUUUUAGACUUAUUUUACUGGACUUGCUGACGUGUUCAGUGUAGCUACGUGAUAAAUGAUGUAAGCUCAGUGUGAACUGUAUAAAACAAUGUAGCUACGUGAUAAAUGAUGUAAGCUCAGUGUCAACUGUAUAAAACAAUGUAGCUAUGUGAUGAAAGGUGACAGCAUCAACCUUGUAAGCAAUUAGCUGUUUGAUGAGUUGCAGUAUGACAAUGAGUCGGUGUUGUUUGUCUAACUUGAAUUAGUUAAUUUCAAAUUUUAAUCAGAAAAUCAUCUUCAGUGACUAAGAUGCCGGUGACAUUAAGCUUUACAAAAAUACACAUGAAGCAAAGUUGGUAAUCAGUUCUUCAAGGUCGUAUAAAAACAAAUGUUGGAUGAAGAGAUAUUUGGUGUGGUCAUAGAGUGCUAGUGACUUUGGGGUCCCAGGUGACAACGUCAUUAUUUUUUACACUACUUUUCUUGAACAGGGUAGUCACCAACACGAGAUGGUAUAACUUCAUCUAAUAUUACAGUUAACAUGGAAUUAUUGCUUAUUUCAUUAAAAAAACUAAUUAUAUUGGCCAGACACAUCUUAAUUACUGUAAGACUUGAUUACAAGAUUACAAAUGCCAAGAUUUAAUGAAAACCAGAUUUUGAGAUACAAUUCAAGUUACAAAAUACAUAAUCAGAUUGUUAGUAAGUACUUAUGUCCUUUUUUAUUUUAUUUCUUAUUUUUUUGAGUAAAAUGUUACUAAUGUUGAAGCAUAAUACUUUUGAAUAGUCGAUACACCAGUAUAUAAUAACAAAACAUAGGUUUUAGUAAUACAGGUGUAGAUUUCUGAGUUGUAAUAAUGAUUUAGAUAAUUUUUACUGGUUUCCAUGAUGAAAUAAAUUCAGUGGAAUGUUAAA